AUGUCGACGGCUGUGGAAGCGACCGGGUUCAUCAUGUGCAUCAUCAGCUGGCUGAUCACCGGCGCGUCGCUGGCCAACGACUACUGGAAGAUUUCCACCGUGUCCGGCAGCGUCAUCAUCUCCCAGAGGCAGUUUGAGAACUUGUGGCACUCCUGCGCCGAGAACAGCGCCGGCAUCGCUGAGUGUAGAGACUUUGAGUCGCUGCUCGCCCUCCCCGCUCACAUUCAGGCGUGUCGAGCUCUGAUGAUCAUCGCUCUGCUGCUCGGCCUCGGCUCCAUGAUCGUGUCUCUGCUCGGACUGAAGUGCAUCAAGAUCGGCUCAGCCACCGACCAAUCCAAGGCCAAGAUCGCCAUCACCGGAGGAAUCCUGAGCAUGCUCGCUGGUCUGUGCUGCAUGAUAGCAGUUUCUUGGUACGCCUACAGAGUCGUGCAGGACUUCCACAAUCCGUUCUUCGGUGGCGUGAGGUUCGAGCUGAGCUCUGGCCUCUACCUGGGAUGGGGUGCGUCCUCUCUGUCUAUACUGGGUGGAGCUUUCCUCUGCUCCGCCUGUAAGAGAGCGUCAGCUGGAGGGAAGAAAGCCGGCUUUUAUGGAAACACACAGAAAGUCUACACGGCUACGGCCAAGUCCGAUCCAGAUUCAGCCAGAGCUUACGUCUAAACACACACACACACUCGCACACACACACACACACACACACACACACACACACACACACACACACACACACACACACAUACACACAUAAACACACACACUCAUGGGCUCACAUUCCUUUCUUGACGUCCUCUAA